AGGAGGCUAUAAAAUCACCCCAAAGUCUCUCAACUUUUGCAAUCAAAAUCUCUCAACCAAAGCCAGAAAAGAAAAACUCUCCCAAGUUCUCAACUCAAAGUCUUAGUUAAUAUUACCAAGACCAAAACAAUGGCCUCCGUUGAGAUGAAGAAGAUAACCCUGAAGAGCGACGACGGUGAGAUCUUUGAGGUGGAGGAGGCUGUGGCCAUGCAGUCGCAGACCAUCAGGCACAUGGUGGAGGACGACUGCGCCGACGGCGCAAUACCUCUGCAGAACGUGACCAGCAACAUCCUAGCGAAGGUGAUCGAGUACUGCAAGAAGCACCAUGAAGAGGAUGCUGAUGGCGAGAAGAACAAAGAGGACAUUGAGAACUGGGAUGCUGGGUUCGUGAAGGUGGACCAGUGUACCCUGUUUGACUUAAUCUUGGUUGCAAACUAUCUCAACAUCAAGAGCUUGCUGGAUUUGACCUGCCAGACUGUGGCAGACAUGAUUAAGGUAAAGACACCUGAAGAGAUCCGUGAGACCUUCAACAUCAAGAAUGACUUCACACCUGAGGAAGAAGAGGCGAUUCGUAAGGAGAACCAGUGGGCAUUCGAGUGAGAGAGUUAGAGAUCCCCUUACAUACAUGUUAUUAAUACAUAAUUUGACUUUAUGUUAUUUUUUUUUCUAGUUAUAAUUCAACUGUUUUUUUUUUAAAAAUAAAUUUUUUUGUUUGGUGAUUGCUCAGAUGUAACCAAGAUUUCUGC